GUCUUCCUCAGAUUUUGUGCAAGAUGUCGACCAGCGGGCUCAAGCAGAUUUCGCCCGUUCCUACGGCCAAUGACUUCCUGGAUAUCGUCCUGUCGAAAACCCAGAGGAAGACUCCGACGGUAAUCCACAAAAACUUCAAGAUCAGUCGGAUACGGAACUUUUACAUGCGAAAAGUCAAGUUUACCCAGGACUCAUUCGACGAAAAGCUUGGAGCCAUAUUGACCGAAUUCCCCAUCCUCGACGAUUUGCAUCCUUUCUUAUCAUCUUUGAUGAACGUUUUAUACGACAAGAACCACUACAAGCUCGCUUUGGGCCAACUUCGAACAGCACGGCAUCUGAUCGACCAAGUCGCCAAGGACUAUGUCCGUCUACUCAAGUUCGGCGACAGUUUGUAUCGGUGUAAGCAGCUCAAGAAGGCUGCGCUCGGUCGGAUGGCUACCAUCAUGAAACGCCAGAAAGACCCGCUCGCUUACCUGGAACAAGUCCGACAACACAUCUCCCGUCUCCCCGCCAUCGACCCGUUUGCCCGCACUCUCCUGAUCUGCGGCUACCCCAACGUCGGCAAGUCCUCCUUCAUCAACAAAGUUACCCGUGCGGACGUCGACGUACAGCCGUACGCCUUCACCACCAAAUCGCUCUUCGUCGGCCAUCUCGACUAUCGGUAUCUGCGGUGGCAGGUUAUCGACACCCCGGGUAUUCUCGACCACCCUCUGGAGGACAUGAACACGAUCGAGAUGCAAAGUAUCACGGCGCUUGCGCAUCUGAAAAGCUGUGUGCUGUACUUCAUGGACCUUAGCGAACAGUGCGGAUACACUGUUGAAGCUCAGUGCCAAUUAUACCACUCCAUCAAACCCCUGUUCAGCGGAAAGCCCACCAUGCUCGUCCUGAACAAGAUAGACGUCAAGCGCCUUGAAGACCUCCCGGAGGAGACUCGUGCGCUCGUGCAGGAAAUAAUUGACGGCGAGGGCGUCAAAUCCGUCCAAAUAUCGUGCUACUCUGACGAGGGUGUAAUGGAGCUCAAGACGAAGGCGUGCGACGCGCUGCUGGAGCAUCGCGUUGACUCCAAGCUCAAGGGUUCGAAGAUCAACGCGAUCGCGAACCGAAUCCAUGUCGCGCAACCCAAGGCGAGGGACGAUGUCGUCCGCGAACCGUUCAUCCCCGACGUCGUCAAGAACCGGAGGAAGUUCGACAAGGACGAUCCAGAGCGCCGGAGGUUGGAGAAGGACCUCGAGGCAGAGGAGGGUGGCGCGGGCGUGUACAACAUCAAUAUGAAGAAAAACUAUAUGCUCAAGGACCCGGAGUGGAAAAUGGACACCAUGCCGGAGAUCAUGGACGGCAAGAACGUUGCGGACUUUAUCGACCCCGACAUCGAAGAGAAACUCGAAGCGCUCGAGCGCGAGGAGGAGCGGCUGCAGGCGGAGGGCUUCUACGACAGCGAGUCGGACAUGUGGGACUCCGACGACGAGCGCGAGGCCGUCGAGUUCCGCGACAGCCUCGAGAAGAAGAUCGCCUCGCAGAGCGUGAAGAAGGGCAUGAAGAACACUGCACGCUUACCGCGUACCGCAGGCCUGCGUACGCUUUCCGACAUGACCGCCGCGCUGACCAAGGCCGGCCUCGACCCCAGCCGCAUCGAGGAGCGCGCAACGAUGAUCGCGAAGAUGAAGGGCGCAGAGCGGAAGCGGAAGCGCGACGACGCGAUGGACAUCGACGAGGAUGACGAGGACGAUGGCGAGUGGAUGGACGUCGACGGUGCAGAGCGCGCCCCGACGAAGCGGGCAAAAGGCAACGCCGGCGAGGUGGUCGCGCAGAACAAGCGGGAGCCGAAGUCCAACCGGCAGUUGGCGGGCAUGCGCGAUCAGGCACAAGCGGAGAAGGCGGUCAAACUGCGCAACCUUGGUCAACGAGAGCGCAAUCGGCAGGCGAAGGCAGGCGAGUCCGAUCGCGCCAUCAAAACCAAAAUGCCCAAGCAUCUAUUCGCUGGAAAGCGGAAGAUGGGCAAGACGAACAGGCGAUAAUCUGUCCAUGUACUUUCUUGCACCCGAGUGCGGUGUUGGCGGUGCUGUGUUUCCCUCUCGUUGUUCUUUGCGUGUACUGUGUACGACCUAUAGUGAGCUUCAAAGCUUGGAACUUCUCUGGGAUGAAUACUGCACGGUCAUGCUUACGUCUAGGCUCGUGCCCCGAUGUUCUCCGUGAGAGAGGCUCGUGCUCGUAACUAUACU